CACUUCCUGAAGCAUACAGGUAAAGGGACACACCGGAGAAACAAAGGCUGGUCAGACCUUUCGUCUCUAACACGCGAUUAAAGAAAACAUCGCAGUCUAGGGUUGACUGAAAUAGUAUUGGGAGAUAUUCAGACGUAUUUCAUGGUUUUGAAUAACAAGGGAAUAAGUGUCGCAUUUAAUUUCACGCGAUUACUUGUCAACUCAAACAGGGCGACGGUUUCAUUUUAGGCGCUCCAUUGCCCGAGGAUGCCUCCGUUCCUCAUAGGACUAGUUCUGAGCGCCUCGCUGCUGCUUCAGACAGGUUGCUCGGUGCGAGCCCAAGACGAGUCCUCCGGUGGAUCUUGCUUGGAUAAAUACCGGAAGGGGCGACAGGACUUUGUUCUGGAUACUGACGAGUCGGUGAACGAAGGUGCCACUUUCAUUGGGUCCCCGGCAGUCCAGAGCGAGAGCGACUGCGUGAGCGCUUGUUGUAAAGAUGCAACGUGUAAUCUGGCUUUGAUGGAGAAAGGCGAAGAGGAGGGUUCGAUCCAAGCCUGCUUUCUGUUCGAUUGCGUGUACAGGCAGAAGUAUGUCUGCAGGUUUGUCAAGAAGACCGGCUUCAGCAACUACAUCUUAAACUCCGUCUUCGAGGAGUACCUUGAAGGCGAGGACCACGUUCACGAUGAGGAGGACAGACGUCCGAUCGCUAACGGGGGACCGGACAGGGUGGUCCAGCCAGGGGAGCCUGUGACGCUGAACGGUAUCGAGAGCCGAGACGACCACGGGAUCAGCACGUACCAGUGGACCCAGCUCAAGGGAGACCCCUCAGCUGUCAUGGAGAAAACUGAACUAGAGGACCAAGUGAUGGUGUCCAACCUCUCUCCCGGGGUCUACGUCUUCCAGCUCCUCGUCACCGACACGGGCGGGCAGUCAGACACGGCAAAGGUCACCGUGCUGGUGCUCACCCCGGAACAGUCUCAGAGUCACUGUCUGGUCCCCAAGAAGGUGGGUCCCUGCCGAGGCGCCUUCCCCCGCUGGCACUACAACGCCGUGACGGAGAAGUGUGAGGAGUUCCUGUUCGGCGGCUGCCGGGCGAACCGCAACAACUACCUGACGGAACAGGAGUGCUCCAGCGCCUGCGAUGGCAUGUCAGUGGUUUCUAGCAGAAGUGCUCCUGCUCCUAAAGGGGAGGUAUGCGAGGCCCCCUGUGAGGCCGGCCAGUUCUCCUGUGGAGGUGACUGCUGUGUGGACGCAGCGCUGGAGUGUGAUGGGGAGAGGCAUUGUAGCAGCGGCUUGGACGAGGAGGCCUGCGACUACCUGAAUAAGACCUUCUCGCGUCUGCUGGAGAUCCCUGUAAAUGAGCAGAACGUCCGCUGCACAGAGCCCCCCAAGACGGGCCCCUGCCGGGCCAGCAUGACCCGCUGGUACUACGACCCCAUCCAGAGGAAGUGCCUCCGCUUCAACUACGGCGGCUGCCGGGGCAACGAGAACAACUUCCACGGUCACGAAAACUGCAUGAAGACCUGCAAGUCUGUGACAGAGAAGGACAUCUUUGCCAAGGGGAUGUUUGAGCGCUCUGAGAUGGAAGACAGCCAGUCAGGCACGGUUGCCAUCGCUGUGGUGCUGGCCGUGGCCAUCCUGGCCUUGGUGGCCGCCAUGGGGUACUGCUACGUGAAGCGCAAGAAGGAGCCGCCACGCCCGGCCGUGGUCGCUGCCUCCCCGGUCUCCACCCCAGAGGACACAGAACGCCUGGUCUACAACAGCACCACGAAGCCUGUCUGAGACGCUGAGGGGCUGGCGCAACCGGGCAGACACGUGUUCACGGCCUUCCUAGUGUUUUCACCACCAUUUUCACGUGGGGUGUGGGGAGACGUCCCAUUACUGCUGUAUCCGUUUUUAGGGGAUUUCUUAAGCCGCUUGAGGUGUCAGGUGUAAUUUUAAAAAGGGGAGUGUGGGUUGGCAGGGAAACGUUUUCUUAGUGUUGGUCUGCACUGUGGGAUAUGACAGGUUAAUCAGGGGCCAAGCAGGCAAUUGAAUAGUUCCACAGGGUUUUUCUCUAUCAUUUCUGUUUUACAUCUGCAGAAUCCUCUGUACCUGUCUGGUUUUCUCAGCAUCUAGCAGUCCUUGCAGUUUCUGCAAUCUUCUACUAAGUAAUGUGACUUAGGAAAAGUAAUCUAUCUGCUCGCACCUCUGUGUCUGCAAUGUGGACCCUGCCACUUAUGUAUAAUGAUUUUUGUAAAGGCUUUUGGUUGUUAUCACAUUGUAUUUAUUGUACCAGAUGUAGUGUUGUUUUUUUUAAGAAUAUACCAUUAUGUAAGUUGAGGUAAAUUGUAAAUAGUUAAUGUUGUCUAUCACAGAGAGAAAGGAUGAGAAGGUUAUUGGGUGUUAGUGUUGUAAAUCCUUUGCCUGUCCAACAUACUUAAUGAAAACCAAGUUUGAAAAAAAAGAAAAAAAAAGCUAUGUGUUCAAAUGAAAAUUGCUUUCCAAACUGCAGGACAGCAACAUUACAACACAUUUUGUAUAUAGUUUGUUUUGUGUCAUUGUUGAGAGAAGGAUAUUUAAUUAUAACUGGUAUGAAUGACAUAGAUAGCUAUACAAGGUUUCUAUAAUCUUAUGUGUUUGUGUUUAUAUUGCAAUGUUUGAGUAACACUGUCCUUUAGACAGUGAUUGCACAUCCCCUCUAAUGUCAUAAAAUACUUAUUACAUGAAUAUUGCUAUAGAUAUUACUCGUAUAUAUAUUACUCACGGUAUGACAAAUCUCUGUGAAACUAUCUCCUGUGAGUUAUUGCCGCAGAGGAAGAUGAAUGUCAUUUAUUGUAGAUCUUAAUUUCUUUUAAACUCAGG